AGGGGUUGGAGUUGAGGGACACAACCUUACCGAAAACUAGAGGCCUUUCUUCUUUAUCCCAAACACCAAAGGGAUAGAAGAAAGCUUUAAACUAUGGCAGCAGAAUCAUUUCAAGUGGCAACUUCUUCUCUCUGUAGUCUUAAUGGCUCUCACCGAAAACCUACCCUUCUUUCUCCACUUCGUUUCAUGGGCACAUGUUUUCGCCCAGUACAAUCCCGUUCUUUCUCUUCAUCUUCAUUAUCACAAUUCUUUCGAACUUCUCCAAUUAAACCCACUUCUCCCCAACUUGUUCGAACAAGAAGAAAUUUCUCAGUUUUCGCCAUGUCCACUCCAGAUGAGGCGAAGCGUGCUGUUCCAUUGAAAGAUUAUCGCAACAUUGGUAUCAUGGCUCACAUAGACGCUGGAAAGACAACUACAACUGAACGGAUUCUCUUCUAUACUGGAAGGAACUACAAAAUUGGAGAGGUGCAUGAGGGAACGGCAACAAUGGACUGGAUGGAACAAGAACAAGAAAGAGGGAUUACCAUUACUUCUGCUGCAACCACCACUUUCUGGGAUAAUCACAGGAUCAACAUCAUUGAUACUCCUGGUCAUGUUGACUUCACCUUAGAAGUGGAGCGUGCUCUUAGGGUGCUGGAUGGAGCUAUAUGCUUGUUUGACAGUGUUGCUGGUGUGGAGCCACAAUCAGAAACUGUGUGGAGGCAAGCUGAUAGAUAUGGAGUCCCGCGAAUUUGUUUCGUCAAUAAAAUGGACCGCCUUGGAGCGAACUUUUUCCGAACAAGAGACAUGAUAGUGACAAAUUUGGGUGCUAAACCACUUGUACUUCAGCUACCAAUUGGUGCAGAAGAUUCCUUUAAGGGAGUUAUUGAUCUUGUUAGGAUGAAAGCCAUAGUUUGGGGUGGAGAAGAACUUGGUGCCAAGUUUACUUAUGAAGAUAUACCUGUAGAUCUCCUAGAGCAGGCUCAAGAUUACAGAUCUCAGAUGAUAGAAACCAUAGUUGAGCUAGAUGAUGAGGCUAUGGAGAACUAUCUAGAAGGAGUUGAACCAGAUGAAGCAACUAUAAAAAAAUUAAUCAGGAAGGGAUCCAUAGCAGCCACUUUUGUGCCAGUGAUGUGUGGAUCAGCUUUCAAAAACAAGGGAGUCCAACCAUUGUUAGAUGCUGUAGUGGAUUAUCUACCAUCACCACUUGACGUACCACCAAUGAAGGGCACUGAUCCUGAAAACCCAGAAGCAACAAUAGAGAGGAUAGCUGGUGAUGAUGAACCAUUUUCUGGACUAGCUUUUAAGAUCAUGAGUGAUUCAUUUGUAGGCUCCCUUACAUUUGUCAGGGUGUACUCUGGAAAGCUAACUGCAGGGUCUUAUGUACUCAAUUCAAACAAAGGGAAAAAGGAGAGAAUUGGUAGACUUUUAGAAAUGCACGCAAACAGCAGAGAAGACGUUAAAGUGGCUUUAACAGGGGAUAUUGUUGCUCUUGCUGGUUUGAAAGAUACUAUAACAGGUGAAACGUUGUGUGACCCCGAGAGUCCGGUCGUGCUUGAGCGGAUGGACUUCCCUGAUCCUGUGAUUAAGAUUGCAAUUGAACCCAAAACUAAAGCUGAUAUUGACAAGAUGGCAGCUGGUUUAGUCAAGCUUGCACAAGAAGACCCUUCUUUCCACUUCUCCCGUGAUGAAGAGAUAAAUCAGACAGUGAUUGAAGGAAUGGGAGAAUUGCAUCUUGAAAUCAUUGUUGAUCGUCUCAAAAGAGAAUAUAAGGUUGAAGCUAAUGUUGGUGCUCCCCAAGUAAACUACAGGGAAAGCAUUUCCAAAAUCCAUGAAGCGAGGUAUGUGCACAAGAAACAAUCAGGUGGACAAGGUCAGUUUGCAGAUAUAACCGUACGGUUCGAACCAAUGGAGCCAGGUAGUGGAUAUGAAUUCAAGAGUGAAAUCAAAGGAGGAGCAGUUCCAAAAGAAUACAUUCCUGGGGUUGUUAAAGGAUUGGAAGAGUGUAUGAGCAAUGGUGUUCUGGCCGGAUUUCCAGUUGUCGAUGUACGUGCAGUACUUGUGGAUGGUUCUUACCAUGAUGUAGAUUCAAGUGUGUUGGCUUUCCAGUUGGCAGCAAGAGGAGCUUUUCGGGAAGGAAUAAGAAAAGCCGGACCGAGAAUGCUUGAACCUAUAAUGAAAGUUGAAGUUGUUACUCCUGAAGAACAUUUAGGAGAUGUAAUUGGUGAUCUCAACUCAAGAAGAGGCCAAAUCAAUAGUUUUGGUGACAAACCAGGUGGACUCAAGGUGGUUGAUUCAUUAGUACCUCUUGCUGAGAUGUUUCAGUAUGUCAGUACACUAAGAGGGAUGACAAAGGGUCGUGCAUCAUACUCUAUGCAAUUAGCCAUGUUUGAUGUGGUACCUCAACACAUUCAGAAUCAACUUGCCACAAAAGUGCAAGAAGUUUCUGCAUAAUUUAUUUCCUUGGUGUCCUAACCACGAGGGUUAUCUUCCUUUUGAUACUUGUAUUAUGAUUGUUCUAUAGUCAUUUUAUUUUUUGGGGGGUAUUUUUUAUUGUAUUUUUUCAUGUACUAAUACAAGGUUAGCAAAAAAAAAAAAAAAAAGCAUUCAGAAGGAAAAAGGAACACGGUUUUUCUUCCAUGAACUGUUAUUGGACAAAUUUUGAUGUAUAUUUAUUUUUUUGGGAGAAAGUAAGGCGUUUAAACUUGGA